GAUUUGAAGUGGCGAUCCUUGUCCUCGGGAGUGUGACCACUCCGCUCUCCACGUUAUGAAGCAGGAAAAUAGUGACAACUCGAGAUACAGGAAGACUCUGAUGCUUUGUUAACAUUUUACAUUUGUUUGACAUGUUACGUGUGCAAUGUUUGAUCUCGUCAGUGUAAGACGAAGAGAGUAUUGAGGUCGAAUAUGUUAGCACUCCGGUUUGUUAACACUAAGAGUUAUUGACUAAGUAUAAAAACUGCAGGCUUGAGCGAAACGUACCAGUAGAAACCUGGGCAUUUCUGUUUGAAAAUCUAAGAUUACGUACACGCGAAAUUGUUUUAACUUCUACUCGGAGAAGAUUUGCUGCUGGAAAAUUUUGUGCACGGUUCAAUUGCUUAGAAACGUAAAUCUCAUAUAAUGUGGGAAAUAACUCUCGUGCUUUCUGCGCUAGCCUGUCCAUCGUUGGGGGCCCCGCAGGACGCCGUCGCGCCGACACCCGCCCAGAUAAUCUUCCAGAACGCCGUGGUCAACGCCGACGGCAGCUUCAACUAUAGUUUCGAGGCAUCCAACGGCAUCAAGGUUGAAGAAUCCGGAUACGUGAAACCGGCGAUCGACGUGAGGGCCGGCCUAGGGGAAGACAAGAACGAGGAAGACAACGGAGACAGUCAAGUUAUUCAGGGGUCUUUCUCCUACACUGCACCAGAUGGCACCCCGAUCAACCUGAAGUUUAUUGCUGACGAAACAGGCUUUCACCCCGAGGGCGCUCACCUCCCGACGCCUCCACCCAUACCGGGCGCCAUCCAAAGAGCGCUGAGUGUUCUUCCCGACGCAACAUCAGAACCACCGCCUCAGUAGAAACGUCUGAGCGCCUUUACAAUUUUACUGCAUUUCUUUAUUUGGCCACAGUCAGUGGCUAUGCUGUGUCUGAAGUAUCUUUGAGGAUGAGUCAGCAAUACUGACGUAGUCGUUACGUCAUUCUUUGUGGAUAAUUUAAAGGCUCUUUAAAUCUCGAGAUUGUACAGCAUUGGAGAAUGGGAUAGCUGAUGAAUUAGAAAUGAUUUGGGAGGAAAGG